CGAACAAUAGCAAUCAUGGCAGAGGCACCAAUUGUGCUCGAUGGAGGCACCGGUUUCCUGAAGGCAGGCUACGCCGGCCAGAACUUUCCGGACCACCAAUACCCGUCAAUUGUCGGACGACCAAUAUUGCGAACAGAAGAGCAGGCACCGGGGGACAUUCAGCUGAAGGAUAUCAUGUGCGGAGACGAGGCUGCUGCUGCUCGGUCGAUGCUACAAAUCACAUAUCCGAUGGAGAAUGGCAUCGUCAAGCGAUGGGAUGACAUGCAACAUCUGUGGGAUUACACAUUCUUCGAGAAGAUGCGCAUAGAUCCCACCGGCCGCAAAAUAUUGCUGACCGAGCCUCCGAUGAAUCCAUUGAAGAACCGUGAACAGAUGUGCGAGGUCAUGUUCGAGCGUUACAACUUUGGUGGUGUAUACGUUGCGAUUCAAGCCGUCCUUGCUCUUUACGCACAAGGCCUAUCCUCGGGCGUUGUGGUCGAUUCAGGUGACGGAGUCACUCACAUCGUGCCUGUUUAUGAGAGCACCGUUCUCAAUCAUCUCACACGAAGACUGGACGUUGCCGGCCGAGACGUCACGCGAAAUCUGAUCUCUUUGCUUCUUCGAAGAGGCUAUGCACUCAAUCGUACCGCUGAUUUCGAGACCGUGCGCGCCAUCAAAGAGAAGCUUUGCUACGUUUCAUACGACCUGGCCCUGGAUCAGAAGCUGAGCGAAGAUACAACUGUGCUGGUGGAAUCUUACACGUUACCGGACGGACGUGUAAUCCGUGUCGGCAGCGAGCGAUUUGAAGCGCCGGAAUGUCUUUUCCAACCUCAUCUCGUAGAUGUCGAGCAACCUGGAAUUGCAGAGUUCUUGUUCAACACCAUUCAAGCCGCAGACGUUGACAUCCGAUCUUCUCUGUACAAGGCUAUCGUGCUUUCUGGAGGCAGCAGCAUGUAUCCUGGACUCCCAUCGCGAAUGGAGAAGGAGAUCAAGCAGCUUUGGCUUACAAAGGUACUGAACGGCAAUCCGGAACGUCUUAACAAGUUUAAAGUACGGAUAGAAGACCCCCCGAGGAGAAGGCAUAUGGUCUUCUUGGGUGGUGCUGUACUUGCUAAUAUUAUGGCGGAUAAGGAGGGCAUGUGGGUCUCGAAGCAAGAAUGGGAGGAGUCUGGAGCUCAGGCUCUGAAGAAGCUUGGUGAGAGAUGAUGAGCUACGGGAUAUCACAUAUCCGCGUAGUGUGACGACUCAAAAUCGGAUUUGAAGCUCGUGGCGAGACAGCAGCCAGCAUUUUCGCGAUGACCACUACAAGGGAUUUUCUCUGGUGUAAAAACGCCGGCUGGUGCUGGGCCAGUAAGAGAUCGCAUAGCUCAAAGAAGAAUUAAGCCACGGCAACCCAAAAUGAUAUGAAUGGAGAAUGCAAGCUCUUCUCUCAUGCGAG